UGUGUCAAAGCGCUAGUGUCUGCAUCCAAGCUUAUGCUUAUUCCGGCCUAUAGUAUGCGACACUGUAACGUUACAUCAUGGCAUCAUUGGAACCGCGUUAAUAGGUAGUAUGUCUCUUAAUGUACGUAAGUAAUUUGUGUAUCGGCCGAUUUUAUUAAUGUCCGCUAAAUGUUUGUUAAGAAAUAUUCUUAAAGAGAGCUUGUUCACGCUCGUCAAUUCCGUCAAUCUUCAAGAAAUUGAGAGACAGUAAUGAUGGGACCUUUGCAAAUAAUAGCGCAAACUAGAAAAAUUGCUCCAAGAUUUAUUAAGAUUGUUCCAAAUGGAAUGAACAUCUACUUGAAUCGAAGUAAAUAUUACUAUGUAAAUGAAGAGAAAGACAAAAAUUGGUCAGAUAUUAUGGAAGCUGCAAGCACACAUAUAUUUUUUCUUGAACUUGUUCGUGGAUUGGGAAUUACCUUGUCUCAAGUGUUUAGAGAACCAGCAACAAUAAAUUAUCCUUUUGAAAAAGGACCAUUAAGUCCUAGAUUUAGAGGAGAACAUGCAUUAAGAAGGUAUCCUUCUGGAGAAGAAAGAUGUAUUGCUUGUAAAUUAUGCGAAGCGAUUUGUCCUGCACAAGCUAUUACAAUUGAAGCAGAAGAAAGAGCAGAUGGAUCUCGACGGACUACGAGAUACGAUAUUGAUAUGUCUAAAUGUAUCUAUUGUGGUUUUUGCCAAGAAGCUUGUCCAGUAGAUGCUAUCGUUGAGGGUCCAACUUGAAUUUUCAACUGAAACUCAUGAAGAAAUGCUGUAUAACAAGGAGAAGCUUUUAAAUAAUGGAGACAAGUGGGAAUCCGAAAUUGCUAGUAAUAUUCAUGCUGAUCAUUUAUAUCGUUAAAGAAAUGUAACGUAGUCAUACUGAUUAAGUAAGUAAAAAGGUAUGGAAUUGAACAUCAAAGGAGAUUCUAUUCCUACUUUUAAAUGUGUAAAAAUGUUUUAAUUGAUUAGUCAAAUAAAAAACUUAUAUAAUCGAA